AUGGCCGACCAGUUGGUGGAGUUGACCGAGAGGCCUACCACCAUCCGUUCGUAUUCUUGUGAUAACACUGAAAGCCUCCAUAUUAAACAAGGGGAAUUGUUAGGUAAAAUAGAGAAGAGCACAUUAAAGAAUCAUAAAUAUUAUUCGUUUAAAGGCAUACCAUAUGCACAAGCGCCGAUAGGUGAAUUAAGAUUUAAGCCACCAAAAGAACAUCAAGGUUGGAGCGGAGCAUAUGAAGCAUUUACAGAGAAACCAACAUGUUUUCAAUACGUUUCCCGAAUAAGAAACUAUGAGACCCGUGGUAUAUCAGGUUCCGAAGACUGCCUGUAUCUGAAUGUGUUCACGCCGAAUAUCACGGGUUCGGCGCCGGUCGUCGUGUUUGAUUACAAUGACAACUUUCGGUCUGGAUUUAACGGAACUAAGACGUACUCUCCAGAUUUUUUUAUGGAAGAAGACGUGGUGGUGGUAAUGAUUAAUCACCGUCUCAGAGUAUUUGGCUAUUUAACCACUGAAGACGAUGUGAUACCCGGGAACAACGGUCUGCGAGACUUCAUUAUGGGACUGCAAUGGGUGAAAAACAACAUCGGAAGCUUUGGCGGAGAUGCUAGUCGCGUUACUUUAAUGGGGAGUAGCGGUGGCGCCAUAUUAGUAGAUAUACUUUUGUACUCGGUGAAGGCGAAAAACCUAUUCAGUGCUGCAAUCUUACAGAGCGGAACCUCUAUGCAGUCGUUCUGUUUUUACGAUAGGCCGAGAGAGGCAGCGUUUAAACUAGGAGAAUUAGUGGGCGUAAACACUACUGAUAGUGUGACUUUAUUAAAGGGCCUACAGGAAAUCGAUGCAGAGAAAUUGAUUACGGAAGAAGGCAAUGUUUUCGAUUACAACGAGUUUGAAUUGACACAAAUCCUGGUCCAGCCAUUUUCUCCGACUAUAGAAAGGGACAACCAGGAUGCUGUUUUGACAUUUUUACCGGAAAAUGGGAGAGUCGUAAACGAUGUCCCUGUUAUAAUAGGUUUGAAUUCAAGGGAAGGUUUAGACUUAGUGUCGCAUUUAAUUUAUCAGCCGAGGUUGCUUACGGAUUUACAUCAAUUCUUCUUUCAUUUACCGAAAAGAACGGACUUUCGCUUUGACCGAAACAGCAGCGUAUACGAAGACGCUAUAAAGGAAAUUCAAAACUUCUACCUCGAGGAGGGAUACCUGUAUUACAACAAUAUUCUAGAAUACGCCGUGUAUGUCGGGGAUGUACUGCAAAACUAUGCUCUAAAUUACGCAGUCGGGAAGUUAUCCCAGGAGCGCAAAUCUGAAACAUUUUACUACAUGUUUGACUUUAGAGGUCUGUUAAAUGGAAACAGCGAAAACAUGGCUCGUUACGCAGUGAGCUCGAUGGAACACUGGGGGGCGACAAUCAUCGACGAAUUAUGUUAUCUCCAUCUGUGUUCUUACCUAAAAACAAGUUACACCAAACUGUACCAGCUGCCUAGUGAGCAACCCGAAUUCAAAGUUUUAAAGAAUAUGGUACGCUUAUGGACAAAUUUUGCAAAAUACAGGAACCCAUCCCCUGACAUCAGCGAUACUUUACUCAAGGACUUUGUAUGGCAGCCUGUUAAUAAAGAAGCUGGCAGUAAAAACUAUCUUCAUAUCACGAAAAAACUUCGGAUGAGAGAAAACCCUUUGGGCGAACGGAUAAAGUUCUGGGAUGACUUCAUGAAUAAAUAUUCAGCGUUAGCUCAAGAUGGCUUAGUAACAGAUUAUAGUCACGAUGAACUG